AUGCGCUUCUCCAAGUCUCUUAUCAUCAUGGUGGCAGCGACCAUGGGACGUGGAGGAGGGCGCGAUGGUGACCGCGAGGGCGAUCGUAAGGUGGCUCGCGAGGACCGCAAUGGAGAUCGUAACGGAGAUCGCGAUGGUGACCGCAGCGGCGGUGAUCGAGGUGGACGGGAUGGUGACCGCAAUGGUGACCGUGAGUGCUUCCGGGAUGGUGAUCGCGGUGGUCGCGGUGGCGAUGGUGAGAGACGUCCUCCUCCUCCUCCCCCGGCCGGUCCUCCGGGCUUCCCCGCUCCGUUCCCCGCCCCGGUCCAACCCCGCCCCGGUUUCCCCGGCGCCUACCCCCCUGGCUUCCCUGGCGCGUUCCCUCCUGGACCUCCUCCUCGUGGCCCUGAUGGAGAUCGAGAUGAGGACAAGAAAAAGCCUGCCGAGGACAAGAAGCCUAUCCCAGCAUAA